AUGAUUUCUCGGCUGAUUUUUAGAACUUAUCUGACUACUCGAAGUGGAUCUGGCCUUUCUGAGCGCAUUCAUUUCCAAGAUGAUUCCGGUAAGGCUAUUUCCCCAUGGCACGAUAUCCCUGUCCGUCCUACUAAAUAUAGCUCAUUCGCCAAUGCUGUCUUUGAAAUUUCAAAGCACAACAUCAAAAAACUAGAAAUGGCCACUAAAGAGAAGCUAAAUCCCAUCAAGCCAGAUACCCGCAAAAAUAAAAAAACUGGGGAAACUGAGAUCAGAUACUAUGGCCGCUUUCCUUUGUUUAAUUAUGGAUUUAUCCCUCAAACCUGGGAAAAUUCUUUUGAAGGCGAUAUGAAAUACAGCAAAUACCACGGAGACGGAGACCCUAUUGACGUGGUAGAAAUAGGCUCAAAAGCGAUAGAACCUGGCUCUGUUCACGAAGUAAAAAUAUUAGGAGCAAUGUGCCUUAUAGACCAAGGAGAAGCUGAUUGGAAAAUUAUAUGUGUAAGCAAAGAGGAUGAAAUAUGCUGAAACACGAACUCUUUUGAGGACAUUAAUAGAAGCUUUCCAGGGAAAUUAGACGCGAUUCGGUUUUGGUUUGAAAAAAUCAAGACUUUUGACGGAAAACCAGAAAAUUUCUUUGAAGGACUUAUUGAGACACCAGAAGUCGCGGUGGAGAUUAUUGAGGCUGGGCAUAAGCACUGGGAACGUCUGCGCGCUGGAGAAAUUAAAGAAGCUUCAUAUUGGUUAGGGGAUAAGUAG